AUGUCCCUCGACCCCUCACAAGCAAACCACUCUCGCCCAGUCGCACCUCGCCAUCGCAAGCGCCUCUCAUCCUCCAUAAGCCCGAGGACAUUUCCGACUACGGCUAGGGAAGCCCGUGAGACGACGCCAAGUCCCAUGUUUGGGGACGCCACCGGCUCGCUAGCGCCGAAUGGAGAUGGUGGAAAUGCCCUUGUAUUGAGCGAACUACGACAAAGGAGCGAAAGUGUGCUGAAUAGAGCUGGGCGAGAGGACGUGGAAUGGGCCUUGAGGGAAGAAUGGGAGACGAGGGAAAAGCUCGAGAAAAGACUUGGGAGCCUUGAAGGCGAGAUGGGCGCUUUGGAGGCGACUAAUGCGGAGCUAGAGAGAGCCCUGGCGGUUGUACAAGCCAGAACAGACGAGGCUUUCAACGAACAAGCGCGUAUGGAGGCAGACCUAGAAGAGAGGGACAGGCUGCUGGACAGACUGAGAAAGAGAGUAUCAGACACUGAAAGGCAACUCAAGGAUAGCCAGGGACGCAAUGCGGACCAGGAAAAGGCGUUUGAAACCGAGCGUCAUGCACUUCAAGCACAAGAGGAGCAUCUCCAGAAGCGUCUCAAUACCGCUCUGUCGGCAGCACGUAAAACUCGCCCACCAUCUCCAACGCCCGCUCAUUCAGACACCGCCUUCUCGACCUCGAAUCUCAAAGAGGAGCUCGCCACUCUCCGUCUCUCCAAAUCUACCCUCGAAGCAAAGUUUUCCACAGUCCUGCGGGAAGUCAGCGAACUUCGAGAGGAAAACAGAGAGUUGAAGGAAGAGAAUGAAGGCUGGGAGUUCAUGGUCCGCCAGAAGACCUUGAACGGGCAUAUCAUGAAUGACGGAGGAUUCCUGGGGAUGGAUGCUGACGGUGCUGAUGCCGGGCGCGCACAAGAUGAUGACGCUCUAGUACGAGAUACUCUUGACCCCCACAGUCCUAUCAAAUCCAGGAAAAGUGUCCGAGAGGCAAGUACCGGACAAGCCGGUGGUGGGUCUCAUCUGGCCGCUGAAAUCGGGAGAGCCCAGGAGACGAGAGAACUGGGUGUCGUCGAGGAGGGCGAUGAAGAUGAGGCUCUACGAAACGAGGUCAAGCACCUUAGAGAGGCACACAAGGCGCUCUCCCUAUAUUGCUCCAAGAUCAUUGACCGCAUCAUCGCUCAGGAGGGCUUUGAGCAAAUCCUUUCCGUCGACUACAAGACUCGCCGUGUUGGAUCCAGAAACGUGUCUGCCUCCCAAACUCCUCUCAAAGAGAUAGCUAUCUCCCUCGCUGAUUCUUCGGUAAACACCAAUUUGCCACCUUCUGUGCCAUUGUCCGAAGAGAGGGUUCGCGAGGCUGCUGAAAGGAAGACGAGACCCAUGAGCAUGUUCAGGGCCUUCUCCAGCUCGACCGAUAGAAUUGUAGAAGAGCCCAAACCCCUUCCGCCACCUGUCGAAGUCCCAGUACCAGCACCUGAAGCAAAAGCAGAGAAACGCGCCCGUCGCGGCUUUUCUCUCGACUUCCGGUCGCUCGGCUUUGGCGGAGCUGCCACGCCUGAUCCUCCAAAGCCGGCUCUCCGCCCGCUCACUCUGUCUUCUCGUGCUACUAGCGCUACUCCUCCUUCUGAGAAAGACAAAGGCAAGAAGGAUACAAUGCUCCCUCCACCUCUGAGCGCUACCGCUAGGAAGCUAGAGCCGCAGGAAGAGGAUGAAGAUGACAAGAGAGAGAGACACAGGAUGGAGGCUUCACUGAAGCUCAUGGGCAUACAGCCAGGCAACGUGGAAGCCACAUCGCCAGGGCCAAUGACUGCUGUGGAGAGGAGAUCACCUUGGUCCAGAUUGUAUUCUGUCAUCGGCACCCCCGAUCCCGAACCUCUGUCUCAUCGUCCAGGUGCGGACGCAAAAGACGCAGAGGUGGCGCUCAAAGAGUUUCAUCAGUUGGAGGCGGAAAGGAUCAGGGCUUUGCAGCAGGGCAAAGCAGAGCCAAGAUAUACCACCCCACCAAAGGUCGGCCUUCAUAGGAGACAGAGUUCAAGUGAAGCGGGUGCCAGGGAUAGGGCGAUGAGUGGAGGUAGUAUGAGAACGUUGUGGAGCCUAGGGUCCAGCAGGCCUGCUAGCCAGGAGAUCGCGAAGGAGUAA